UCGAUCACAUUUGUAGCUCCUGGAAAUCUUUCCUGAUUACAGCUUUACAUUUCUCUUAUUGGCUGGAUAUGCACUGCUACAGUGACAGCUUCUCAACAUUCAAACUGAACACAAACACUGACGGUUGUCUCUGCCAGCUGCUUGUCAUUUAUCUACACAUAUAGGCUAUAAAUAGGACGAUCUAAGUAAUUGGAUUUUUCCGAAAAGGGAGACGAAAUUGUCUUUCCUGUCUACGGGCUGUUCACUGUUCAAGAUAACUACAGCAGUUCAUUUUAUUUGAAAGCAAAGGACAACUGAAAAAAAUGUUGCCUCUGAAUUUGUAGAAAUAGGAGUUGUGAAGUGUUCAAUACACGCAUUCAGGGCCAUGUGACAGACGCGGCUUCCGGCAAAGUUCGUCCUCUUCAUGGAAGAUCACUGAUGGCAAGGUCUGAACAUUCACUUCUUGAAAAACAAAGAGAGACGAUUGACACUCACUGACUGGAAGUUGCUGGAGCUGCUAAUAUGGUCAAGCGGAAGAAGGGGGCGGGAGGUGGUGGAGAAGAUUCUGGCGGUGGUGGCCGGGUCAAAGUUUAUCUCCAUGCCGUGACUAAUGAUGAGGCUGCUCGUCUAACAGACAAUGGAAACACACGCCCCCUUCAAGAAGUCAAAAAGCAGUCACGUGCUUCUGAAGUACAGUUCUAUCAAAAUCAAUCUGUAACGGACAUGAAGAUUAUCAUCAUCCGGGGCACUCCACAACAAAUCGAGAAUGCUGUCAGCCUCAUCAAUCAGAAAACUGGUUCUAAGGAAACCAUUUCAGAUCAAGCACAGAAAUUCUGGCUCCAGUGGGUUCAGGAAGCCUUCCCUGAUCUCGACUCUCGCGCCUACUUCCUGCCUCCUGUCUACUUCAACCGCGUGCCCAUGACCCCAGGGUCAGUUGGUGGUCAGGAUGUUCUGAUCCUUAACACACAACACGGACAGUCUAGUAAGUCAAACCAGCCAACACCACAUGAAGGAGUCGGAGGGUCCAGCGAGCAGGAACUGCCUAGACAUGCAUGUGUGGACAUUCAGCCAAGUCCACCUGAUGACGAAUAUCAGGACACCCAACCUACUUUACCUGGACAAACCAGUCAAUGUAUCCAACCAACACCAGCUGAAGAGUCUCGCAUUUCCAGCCACAGAACACCACCUGGACACUUCAGCCAGGUUAGCCAGCUGGCACCAGAUCACAAGGCUGGGUGUUCAAACUAUAUGGCACCACAAGAACAGGCCGGUAACCACAUCCUAGAGGCUUCACCAAGACAGUGCAUUCAACUGACACUACCUGGAGAAGUCAGUCACUACAAUGAGAAAUCGAAUAAACAUAACGAUCAAUUCAUUCAGACACCUACUGGACAGGAUCAUCAAUACAUUCAAACGUCACAACCUAAACAGACAGGUCAGUACAAUCAGCUGACACAACCUGGAAAAACAGAUCAGCACAUUCAAUCGGGCCAACCUGUACAUACCAGUCAGUACGAGCAGACAAAAUCAAAUAAACAAGGCGGUCAAUAUCUCCAGAGUUAUCCAUCUGGAAUGACUGGUCAGUUUAGCCAGACAAUGAAAUCAGUACAAUAUAUUCAUGACAUACAGGAGACAUCACUCGGACUAACAAGUCAAUACAAGCCGACAUUACUUGGACAGGGUCAGUACAACAAUGUACCUCAUGCGCACGCCUAUCAGUAUAGCCAGACGACAUCAAUUGGACAAGCAGGUCAGUACAUGCAUCGGACACCACGUGGGGAGACCUAUCAACAUAGCCAGACGAUACAAUGUGGACUGACAUCUCAGUAUAUGCUGACGACACCACCAAGACCGGCAGACCAGGAUGUUCUGUCGCCACCUGGACUGACCGGUGACUACAUCCAGACACCACCUGAACCAACAGGUCACGACAUCCAGACAAAAGCACAUGGACAAUCAGGUGAAUGCAUCUUUCCGACUCCACAUGAGCAGACAUCUCAGCGCAUUGAACUUGAAGCUGCUUCUUCCGAUGUCGUUCAGCCUUCAGCCCAUCGGCCUGCUAAAGUUCUAGACAGUGACGUCAGAGAUGAUGAAGCCAAGCAACGAGUUCUCGUCUGCCUGCAGGAAUUUUCUGAACGGAAUAAAGAAGUUUUGUUUGGGAUGAGUAAGCUUGCCUUCGGGGAUUAUCUCGGGGAACCUGUUUACGCUGCUGCGGCUGCUCAGCUCCCUCCACGCGCCAACCUUCCUUCUGCUCUGCCUCGGAACUGGAAACAGGGAGACUUUGAUGUGCUUCUUAUUCACCGACAUUACGGAUUCGUGGUGUGCAAGGUGAGAGCUUUUGGUGACAUUACUCAGGCACUGAACAUGUCACAGCAGGAUAUAGAAAAUAACAUUAGAGAGAAACUGAGAGACGCCGUGUCACAGCUGGACAAGGCGGAGGCCAUGUUGUCUCACCUGGUGUCCGACAUCGCUUCCGGUCUGCGCAUCACUAAGACCAUCGCUUUCCCCAACCUCACGGCUAGUCAGGUGCAACAGGCCAUCUGUGAAGACAUCCCUCUGACUGAGGACCUGUGUCGGUGUCUGGGAACAUCAGACCCCGCCGACAUCACUGGUCUGUGUCUGUGCUGUGAUCAGUUGUCUGACCCCAAGACCCCGUGUGACGUCAGUAGUCACGUGCUGAGGGAACUCGGACACUGGUGGCAGCGACGUGUGGCUGUGGCUGGACCUGACAGUCACAUGACUGAUGUGGUCUACAAGAUGUUAGUAGCGAGGAAACACAUCAAGACCUUCUGUGAGAAGUUGCUGGCACAGGUUCCUCGUCUUCAUCUGUGGGCGGCAAGUUGUUACAAUAAGAACUGCCCCCCCAGCUGGCAAGUGGAACAUUUAACCAGACCUCUCCGCUCUCCACCCGCCGUCGUCAGGGAAAUCAAGAAAGAUUCAGUUAUCAUUAAGGGUGUUAGUAUUCAGAAAUACAGUGAGCGAGGUGUGCCCGACCACACAGACGGCCCGCCAGUCACACGACUGUAUCACCGAGGUCAGGAUCACUCAGUGUACUGGCCAGAUGACUGUAUCACGUGCGGUCGUGAGGUGGCCAAGUUCCUACACAGUCUCCGUGUUGGUGUUACAGAGAAUAAUGAGCUGACAACAGUAAACACCGUCACUUCAACAACUGGCGGCACAACACCCUGUCUACAGUGGAGAGACGUGCUGGUGUUGAACUGGUAUAUCGUUUUUGAUCAGUCGGGUGUUGUCACAGGACUGCGAGAAGCGGGUAUCCCAGUGCGGGUGAUGAAGGAUGAUGACAUCGAGGACGUGGCCACGGCCCGCAGUGACGUGGUGUGGGUGGCGGAUGGACAUCAUGUUCGUGGUCUGGAGAGAAAAGUCGUCGUGUGUUUGGUGUCCCAUUAUGGUUCAAGAUCUAAUGUUAGUCAUGCAUCUGGCGGCUUCCACUCCAUAUCCCGGUGUACAUCACAACUGGUGACUGUGGAGUAGACACUAGCUACCUGAACAUGCUUCACACUCCCUCACCUGUCACCUGUAGCAGUCUGAUGUCUGUCUCCAUUACACCAACAUCUAUAAUCAGUUGUAACAUUGUAACAUUCUGCUUUAGUGUGCGGGCUACUGUACUCUGCUAAACGACUAUAUGAACAGCUUGUAUCGUGGAAUUAGAUGCAUAUUCUCGAAAAUGAAGUACAAGCUACUUUUUUAAAUACAUAAAAUACAGAAAUACUAGAAUAGCAUUGUUGUGUUCUAUUAGCGAAAAAUUGUAAAUGAUUUUAGACAUGCUUUUUAAAUCAGAUAUUUACCGUUUACCUUUAAAUAGGUGAAUAUUGAUAAUGCUACAGUACCUUUUGUCAUGACAUAAAAUAUACCCUAGUAAAGAGACUUAGGAAAAUUAGACUACAUGAAUACAAGUACAUAAGACUAAUACAUCAACCAAUCAGACUGAAGUGCUAUGAUCAGCUCACGGUUCCAGUAAAUUCUACAGACUCAAUCCACCACUCUCGAGUCUGGCAUCAUGGCGAGGCGGGAAAUGUUGAGAUUCCAUUUGUGUAAUGAACGAUACAAAGAACCUACGGACAGCAGAGCCACCAAUCCACAGACAGUUUACAAUAUGCGCAUGUUUAAAAAUCUGCCAAUGAAAGUGUUGAUGCAUGUUCUAAUGGGAUGGCAAUACAGUACCCGAGUCUGUAUAAUGGUAUCUCUGUAUGCCACACCUGUCCGGUUCCCUUGUACCAGGUAGAUAGGAGUGAGGUAGGUCGUCCCCAUUCCAGCCCACACCAUGAUGGACCCACCCCUAUAAUCAUUACACUCCGCGACAGUUAGAGUGUGCUAACGGUCUCCAUGUCAUCUCCAGACGUGGAUUUGGCAAUUGUGGCAAAGGUCUGGCAAAGCGACAUUCAUGAGUGAAGAGGAGUGAGGUCCACUGUGUCCGUGUCCAUGUCACGUGGUGUGGUGUCCAUGCAAGACGAGCAGCGCGGUGAGCAGAUGUCAGAUCAUCCUUUCCACAUGAUGUUUUGGUCAUCGCCGGAUGGUUUGAAGAUAACAGAGGAAUAUGUUGUAGCUCAUGUAUUUUGGGUGACGACAGAAAACAUCGGGCUCUUUCUACAAGAACCUUUAGUUUACUAUUUAUUUUCGAUGGGGAGUGAACAACCAAGGUUGUCGUAGACAGGAGGCAGGAAGUAGGCGCGUGAGUCGAGCUCAGGGAAGGUGGCCUCAACCCACUGGAGCCAGAAUGUCUGUAAUCGUGCUGUGUUUGCCUGUAUCACACACAUUUAAAAUUUAUAUACGCAUUGUUUUCUGUAUUUUAUUCAUUUUUUAUGUAUUGUAUUUCGUUACUUUAUUUAGUCUACAAACACAGUUAAGCCCUAGGACUUUUUAUUUGCAAGACAUAUUCGUUAAACCGUUUCUAAUUCCGUUUUGAAGCAGUUUACAGUUCUUCGUUUAAAGUGGGGACAAGCAUGACUUCCAUGUCCACCUUUUCCACACACAUAUGCAGAUCACAGAGUGCAAAUAAACUAAAAUGAGUAAGUGCAGAGGAGGUUGAAUUUUUAAAGUGUUCUAGGGUAGCGAGAAUUAUCUGAUUUGCGAAUGUACGAUUUAUACAUCAAUCACACAAGAACAACUUGAAAACUUAUCAGCCAAAAGCAUGAAUCAAAUGUUUCUGUUAACUUGAAAAUCUCGAGAUGCAACAUCAAAUCAGUUCUGAAGGUUGUAACUUUUCUUCUGCAUUUAUUGCCACGUUUUAUGAAGCGAUUAGGGUAGGUUCGAUUAUUUCUCAACAUUUAACAUACUUUCUGGCGAUUCCAUACAAUACUACAAACGCAGUUAGCUUUAGCAGUUACAUGACAAAAUGGAUUUUGUUGACAGGCGAAUAUCGUAUUCAGGGGAUUCCGUUGUUUCCGGAAAAAUCCAAAGUUUACUAAAUUUGUGCUCCAUCGAUAACAGCUCGUGUAAAACAAGAAAGUGUGUAGUCACCACAUGGUGUUCAUCUCUGAUAGACAGUCCUUGUUGGUCAGUUGUUUGGUUUCUGGUGUUCGACGUAAGAUUGGUCAUGUGAUUUGUUUUCCUGUUAGUACCGACUACUCAGUGCUACUUUCUGCUAAUCACUGCUUCACUCACCUGAUCACCAAUCUUCUGGUCAAUGAGUUUUGCUGCCGCCUCGAUUUGUGUUUGAUGACCAUGAACGAUGAUAAUCCUUCUACCUGAUACAGGUGGGGGGGGUUGAUGAUCCAUGACCACGUCAGCUCCGGUCCUUUCUUUAAUUUCUCCCGCAUAUAGCCAUUUUUUGUACAUCGUUAUUACUAGAAAAUAUGUUUGUACGUUUCUUCAAGUUAUGCCCCUUACCUAUUUUCCUUUCUUUUUAUUUCUUAAUAAUAAACAUUCGACUCCUGAGAUAGCCGAGAAAGAUUCAGGUAAGGGUGCAUCAGAAAGAAAAAAAAACAGAAAGCAAAAAUAAAAAGAAAAUGGAAAGAACGAAAGAAAGAAAGAGAACCGCGUGUCAAUAAAGUGCCCGUACAAUACUGAA